CUAAUAAAAAUAAUCAACAUUUGCCCAAAAAAAAAAAAAAAUUGUGCAACGUAAAAUCUUAGUGUCAUCAAGCGCUAUGUUGUGCAUAGAAAACGAAAUAAAAUAUGACUAAGAUAUUCUAUUCUAUUCAUGUGCACUUUACCUACAUAAACACUUUACUAACUAAAAAUCAGAAAUAACUUUUACAUGUGAUUUCGCUCGCGUAGGUUUAUAAUCGUUGGACUACCUACGUGUAUUUGUAAGCGGACUUAUGAGACAUGUAAACAAGAAGCGCUACUACGAGUUCAGCCAGGAUGAAAUGAAGGCGUUGGAAGAGUGCGACAAGGAGAGCUUCUAUCGCCGCUGUUUGCCUUUUAGCACCCUUUUCGCCACCCUCACUGCUGCUGCCAUAAAACUUGGGUUUCUUCGCGGCAACCCACAUUUCGGAGCUGUGCCUAAAGUGAUGGUGGCAGCAUUCCUGGGGUACGUCAGUGGUCGGGUGGCCUACGUUCAGCAAUGCGAAGCCCGGCUCCGAGAGUUACCUGAGGAUAGUCCCUUGGGCAGGCUGAUGCGCAGAUAUCACGCUGAAAGGAACCCGCCUCCGAAGAAAUAACACUACGGAGACAAAGACAUGUUUUAUGGCGACAUCAGAGCUACUUUUAAAGAUUAAGUUGAACUUAAAAUAAAACCGUCAUACUGUUGAUUUUAAAAUCACUUAGUAAAACCUUAAAUUUUUUUACAUUUUAUUGUAGUUAAGUAUAUUAGGUAGUAGUAUAUAAGGUAAAGUGUAAUUAAUGGGCAACUAUCUGCUCAUUACGUUACCCACAUUCGCAACGAAUUUUAAGGAGAUUAGGUAUGGAUUUUUACCUAC